UGUUACUGUCUCUGAGCAUGGAGACACAGCAUAGCCAUUCCGGCUAGUAGCUAUUGAUAGCCUUAUCCUCCAUGAAUUUGUCUCGCCCUCUUUUCGAGCCAUCCAAGUUUGUCACCAUCACUAUAUUGUGAGCGAGCGACUCUGCAGUGCUGGAUACAAGCUACUGAUUUCAGUGGUCCAAUGCCCCAUAUUACGUGUCCAGCUGCUUCUCAUAUCAAGCAAGCUGUUUUGUCGUGUUAGGACAACUCUUUUAAAAAGUUAAGAACCAAAGUUCAAUCAGUUCAUGGAUCAGUGGAACUGGAAUAUAUGCAGACAUUUCAGAUGGACUUUCUCCCCUCCAAGCUUUUUAAUGACCAACCCCCAAUAAGACGAUAGAGAGAGGGGGGGCAAGAACGGAAGAAUUAAGAUCUUUGCAGAUCUGAAGUUGAAAAAUCCAGCUCAGCUCUUUAUACACACAGUACAGCAGACUGCAAUCUGAAAAGCACAGGGAAAUCUCAAAACAAAAAACAGAUAAAACAGGAAACAUGAACAUUGAAGAAUAUUUCACAAGAAUCGGCUACAAAGGCUCUCUCGAAAAACUGGAUUUUGGAACCUUAGCGACGAUCUUCCAGCACCACAUACGAGCUGUGCCCUUUGAAAACCUCAGCAUCCACUGCGGGGAGACGAUUACUCUAGACUUAGAUCAUGUUUACAACAAGAUCGUGAAGGAAAAACGAGGAGGUUGGUGCAUGGAGAACAACCAGCUUUUGUCUUGGGUUCUGAAAAAGCUGGGAUAUAACACCACCAUACUGGGAGCUUAUGUUUAUAACCCGCAGCAAAAUGCCUAUGCCACUCAAAUGACCCAUCUCAUCAUCAAGGUGGCUAUUGACGAGAGAGCCUACAUCGUUGAUGCAGGCUUUGGUGUCUCCUACCAAAUGUGGCAACCGUUGGAGCUGGUGUCUGGCAAAGACCAGCCACAAAUGCCUGGGAUCUUUCGUUUCACAGAAGACAACGGUAUUUGGUACUAUGAGAAAAUAAGAAGGAAACAAUACAUUCCCAAUCAAAACUUUGCCAACUCAGAUCUCUUGGAAAAAAGGGAGCGCAGGAGUAUCUACCUGUUCAGCCUUGAGCCAAGGACAGUAGAAGACUUUCGGUUCCAGUGCUCCUAUCUCCAAACGUCCCCAGAUUCCGUGUUUACUAAGAAAUCUAUCUGCAGCCUCCAGACCAAUGAUGGGUUUAGGGCUUUGAUUGGAUGGACACUCGUGGAGACAAAAUUUAACCACAUGGAAGGCACAGAUCUGGUGAAGCACACAACACUGAGCGAUGACGAGGUGGAGAAAACACUGAGAGAGAAAUUUGGUGUAACUCUGGAGAACAAGCUUGUUCCUAUUAACAUCAAAGCGACGUAUACCAUCUAGUGUAGAAAACAAAACAUGGCACAAUGCUAUGCAAUUGCAACAAGCUUUACCAUCUUCUUAAAUCCAUUGUUCUGUAAAUUGCAGUUGUGAUUAAAACCUGUCCAUAAGCUGUAAGCACCCCAUGCUAGGCAGAAGAGGAUAAUUGUAUAUUGUGGGUUUUUUUCACCAGCACUGACAACCCUGUAGAUGCAAACCAGUGACUGCGAAGUACUUAACAUGUCUUGGAUAAUGAAUUUUGAAACGAUUUAAGCACUUCAAAAUGGAGGAAUCUGCAUUUCACAUUUUAUUAAGUUACAUGGAUCUGAAUGCAAAGCAGGACUUGCUCCGAUGUGUACCCAGAACUAAUGUGUGAACGAAGGAUACUCCAUUCAUUUCAAUACAGGAAACUCGUCUAAAGGAAUGUUUUUAAGCAAACUGCCUUCCUUUAUUAACAUAAAAUGGGGGCAGCCCUACAAAUUCAUGAAAAAAAUGACUCAUAUGGGCUUAUUAACUCUAAGGAAAUGGGAAUUUUAGAAUUCAAAUAUCUUAGCUGCCAACAAGCUAGUUCACAUUAAAAGCUACAUGACCUAAAAUGUCAGCAACA